UUCACAUAAUCUGAAGAAUAAUCUAAAGCUGUAUGUGGCAACAAAGCUGAAUGGUGUCGCAGAUGCUGCCUUACACACAUCCUCCAGAGCUGCUGCAGUGAGCACAAAGAGAGACGACUUGUUCUGCCUCAGUGCUAAAUUGGCCUUAAAGAAGCACCACUUAUCACAGCCACUGUCAACACAAACUCCUUUAGAGGACCACCCGACUGAUGAGUCCUCAAUCUACACAAUAUCCCUCACACCCUGUGCUGCCAAGGGCUUGAGCCCCCUGGGACUUACCAAGAAAAUCGCAACCAGUGGCAUUUCACCAUGAUCGAACCCGCAAGCAUUCCUGGGCUCACACAGGACUGUUCGAUUCAGCAGAGUCGCACCUGUCCCACCUGCUUCAUUGAGACCAAGGACAUGUCCAAUGUAGAGGCCAACAUCAACCUCAAAAUGGCUGACAUGAGCCGAGACUACAGCACUUGUCCUAUCUCUGAUAUUAACAUGCAAUGCAUGAGCACAAGUGAGACGGGAAGUUAUGGAGACCAGCUCCUCUCGGAUCAGCUUUUGAGCUUUCCUGUCCCCAAAACUCAGCUAGUGGAGAAGAAGGACACAGAGAAAACAGACUUAGAUGAUUCGGCCUCCAAAAGCCUGUAUGAGGGCCUGCUGUUAGACAAGUGCAACGGAGAGGAUGGUUUGCUUACUAAUUCAAAUCAAGACUGGGGCUACUUUGAGUCCUUCAUUAGUGAGAGUAAGAUGGAAUUGCUGGAUCUCUGCUCCAAGAACGAGCUCUCCGUAAAUCUCUUCUCUGAGGAGGACGUGGACAAUUACAUGUUUGAUGACGAUGAUGACUCCACUCUGAGCAGUGACGUGUGCUCGUUAAAGAUCCGCUACGAGUCCUUCCAGGACAACAUGAGGGAGAAAACCAAUGUUCUGCAAGAAGAAACCCAGUUCAACUUUUUCCCAAGUGUCUUGGUGAACUGCACCAAAAAAGAAGCUGGUGUGGUGAAACGAGCCGUAGAUGAGCUACCCCCUAAAUCAGAGGAGCUUGGAUUUCAAAGUGACAGCAAAGGGGAUGGAAAUGACUGCUCCGAAGAGCAGACACCUGAUUACAGCCCCAAAAUGAACUACUUCAUUGAUUCAAGCAACUCAGCUGAUGACUCAGGGGAGUAUAGUAAUGACAGCUCCUCCACCGUUUCCUCUUUUGACACCUUCCAAGACAACAGGCCCAAAAACUUAUUCUCACGAAAGAAUGCAAGCUGCUCCAACCAUCUGAACUACGGAUUGCGGGCUAUGAGAAAAGUAAGGUAUAGUGAUGACUACUUGUAUUAUGUGGAGUCCACCGAAGGAGAAAGAAAUGUUGAAAAGCGAGAGAAACCACCAAUUGGUCCAAAGCAAGAAGAGGAUCUUGACUGGUGCCCUAAAAAGAGACGAAAAUACUCUCGCAAGGAUCCACCUGUAAUAAUCAAAUACAUUAUCGUCAACAGGUUCAAAGGAGAGAAAUGCAUGGCUGUGAAGCUGGGCAGAAUUGAUUCCGACGACACGGCUGUAAGCUUAAAUGAGGAUACAAUCAACAAAUAUGAGAAGCUCGCACCUCUGAAAGAUUUCUGGCAGGAGAAACAGAGAGAAAGAGAAGAACAGCUUAAGCUUGCAGCAGGAGAUAAACACAAUUCUCACCACCAUGCCUUCAGUUCCAGUCCCCCCAAAAGGAAACACAAGCUAGCACACAGGCUCAGAAUUCAGAGGAUUCAAACUGUGGAGCAAUCACCCAACAGACAGGGCCUAUUUGCCUCUGAUCUCAGGCAGGAGGUUGCUUCUACAGAUGAAACUGUCUCCAUGGGAAUGCCAUUAACAAUAGCCACCAGCUGUGCAAGAACAUUAGACCCAAAUGACAUCAUACACACUGCAGCCCGGAAGAGCAGAUCACAAGAGAGGGAGGAAAGGAGAAUAGGGAAUAAAACAUUCAGAAUACAGAAAUUCAGAAGUGAAGCCAGACUUAGGAGCAAGAAAAUGAGAGACCUUGUGGAGAAUAGCGAGAGCGUGACAGACCUGACAGACGUUUGCUCGCUGCAGAAAAAUAUGGACGCAGUAGGAGGUGCUGAAGAUGAAAACGUCAGCCCAGCUGCACACAGUCCCCGUUUGUGUGAGAGUCAAAUGGCUAAUGCCACUGAAAAAUUUGUUUUUGUGUCUAGCACCUGCUCCCCUAACAAAGAGGCAUCAUCUGAGAAUGUUGCCCCAAGUGUUUCCGUUAUUCCGGGUGGCUACCUGCAAACAUUGUUAGAUGCCUCUGAUUCUUCAGGUAGCACCGGUAUGCCGUUUUUCCCCCAGCAGACUCAACACUCGUUGGAUCUCUCUUUGGAAAAGCAGCAGUUCACCUCUAUUCAGCUAGCGCAAAGCUGUGUCCUUUCUCCCCCAUCAGAAUCAGAGCUCCAGCAGUCACCCCAGAAUUGUCCGACUCUCACCCAAAUGUGGCACCCUCAGCUUGGUCCCAACAAGCAGUUCACCACUGCAGAUAUUGCUGAGUCUGUGAUCCAGCCCAGCAGCUUCACUGGAGAGAUGGCUAUGCCGUUGUCUGAGAGCCUGACCGUGUCAGGCUAUAGCCAGCUGUGUCUGGAGGGCAACAGAAUGCUUUAUGAAAAGAAUUACAUGCCUGAGCAGCCGUUACCUCCUGACGGUGAGUUUCAGGCAUGUCAGGGGCAGCCACAGUUUCAAAGAGCCACACUGCACACUGACAACGGCCGGCUCAUCAGUUUUGACUCAGUUGGCUCGCUGUCAGCUACUUCUAGCAAUUACAGCUCUCUGAGUCUUAAGUCCUGCGAGAAGGAUGGCGAGGAUGAUGUGAACGAGAACUUUCUGGCCCACUGCAGUCCAAAACUGGUGAUUCAGCAGAGUAUCGAUGCAAUCACACCCCUGAGGGAGUCUACAGACUUGCUGGAUAUCUCCAACUUCACUCCGGAUAAAUUCAGACACACAUCAUUGUCAGAGCUCUCUCCCCCAGAGACGCCUAAUUUAUCCCCUCAAGUUAUGGGCCGUGAAAUGAAGAUAGCUGGGAAGGCUGCUGACCUCCAGGAUGGGGCUAAGAUGACAUGCACCAAGGAUGUGGACUGGAACUGCAAAAUGAUUGAGCAGCAAAAUAUGGCUAGAUAUUCAGUAGAUGGGCAUGAUUUUCAAUUGCACAUUUUUAACGGCGAAGACAACUUAAGCAUGGGGACAAAAGAGAAAAAUCUAGCUGACUUUGAUGGUGAAAUGAUGAGUGCAAUCAAGGGGACUAAGGCAAAGAGGAAAAAUAGCAACAAACAAACUGCAGGACAGGGUACCAAAAAAAGCAAAGCACCAAGAGCUCCUAAAACAGAGAAGGGCAAAAUUCCACGUCAGACUUCACGAGCAUCUAAAAAGUUAAAGGCCUUACUUGAUGAGAAAGGUGGUAAAGGCCAGACUGAGAGCAUUGCUCAUUUGCUGAAGGACAGCGGAUCUGAGGAAUGGACAGGAAUAGGUAGUUCAGAGAGCAAAAGUCAAGUCCACGAUGACCAGCGGGAGUUUGAAGAGCCAUCCAACAUCUUGUCAAAUAUUGUCUCAGGAAUGGCUGAAGUACAGAGAUUCAUGAUGGCCUCUGUUGAGCCAAUAUGGGGCCCUGCAACAAAUAUCUGCCUGCCCUCAGAGGCUAACAGCCUUAAAUCAAAGACUCUCAAAAUCCUAGCAGGAACUUCAUCUGACCCCAAGAAGAAAGGCAGUUUGGCUACUGGGGGCACAAAGGGCAGAAAAGGUGGGUCGAAAGGUGGCAAACACCAGGCAAAGUUUAAUGCCUCCUUGCCUUUUUUCCCUCAGUUGACUUUGGGCUGCAACAUGUUUGACAAGCCUAACCUUGGCACUCCUGCUAUAAAUGGGCCAGCGCACAAAAAGAUGUACCGUCACAAAUCCAGUGCAAAAUUCCCUCGGAUUGAAAAUCUAAAGGGCACGCGACCUGAACGAGAGCCAAAUAAGGACAUAUCGUUAGUGGCAUCUUUUGAGAAACUGAGGUAAUAUUUUAUAUCUAGCUGCUGAUGCACGUUCCUCACUUUCCCACUUCCUCCUCAUUUCUUGACAUACCUACACUGACUCAAGACCAGAGAUGCAUGGAAUUACGUUAUCCUUUAUUACCCCCUCCUUGUUUUUGCCCCGAAGAGGAUAUUGAUAUCUUGCAUGAGAAACUUCUUGUACUCGCAAACUACCUAUUGAUUGAUUGUGCAAGGCUUGAUUGAGAUUUUAAAUGACCAUGGCUGCAUUUUUCUUCUGCAUUCUUGUUUUUGCUGUUUUUUUCCUCGCAGUUGCUGAUUAGUUUUUGUCUGUAGAAUAGGGGAAAAAAAAACUUUAAGUGCAAAUUCCAUUUUUGGACCUUUUUUGUUCAUUUCUCAGUGAUUCUUGCUGCCCUUAUGUAAUUAUAUUUCUCUCUUCAAACAUGUAGCUAUUAUAAAAUGUCUUUGUAUGAAACAAGCUCCCCAUUUGGUUAUGUAUGCUGAAACAGAUGCCCUGUUCUCUUUUUACCCUUUUACUGCCUGACUUUUUUUAAGUGUGAAAUGCUCAGCCCCUUGUCUAGGAUAACAACAUCCUUGGCAGAUCCCUAAACAUUAACAGCACACAAUGGAAAGACAUAUCAGAUUAAUGUUGUUCUAAUUUCUUAAUGUUGGAAUGUACUUAUGAUUUUCUCUUAUCUACUAUGCUUUUUACAGGAGUUGUACUGGAAAUUGUCUUAGAGGGACAUUUCUAUGCCAUGGAAAUCCCCAAACGCUUCAUUUUUGCUUUGUUUUUUAUACUUUCAUUUAAAUUAUGAUAAUAAUAAUAAUAAUGGUAUUAAAUGAUAAUGCAUAUUAACUGGAAUAAUGUAUUACUACUAACAGAUUAUUAUUAUUAUUAUUAUUAUUAUUAUUAUUCAGUAUCACUGUACAGAAACGAGCUGUUUAAAGCAAAACAUGAAAUCUAUCCGUGUGCCAAAUGUAAUCUUACUGUACACAUUUAUAAUCUGUAUGAAUACUGGGUGUUUCAUUUACUAUCCUGAUGAAUGCUGGCUGUUCUCUUUCAAGACUUGGCAAGAUCAGACAUUUGUUUUUGGUUAGUAGUUUUGUUUUCCUUGGGGACCCUAUCGUUUGAAGAGCACCUGCAGCUGACAGUGGUACAACCACUCAACCAAAACAACUCAACUCUGAACUUUUUUUUUUUACUCUUGUCACCUUAAUUAUCAAAUUCAAUGUACCUCAGCAUUACGUCCGCUUAGAAUCAAAAAGAGAAGCAAAGAUGGACUCUUCUAAACACAAGAGGAGGAAAAAUCAGAAAGGUGGACACGGAUAAUGUUAUUUGAGGAUGGUAGCUGUCUGGUAUCACUCGACAAGCAAUUAUUUCACAAUCUACUGUAACAGGAACUGUGAACAAAAUGUUUCAUAUGUGCGUAUUUGUUGAAUGGAGUAUUUUUCAUGUUUAAGAAACUUAAGAAUGUCUCUUUUGCUUUAGCCCACUUUUACACAUUUCCCUUCCUGUUUGCCAUAAAUAGUUAAGUAGUAUCCUGUGUGAACAAUUACAUCUGACAACAACAUUUUUUUUUUAUUAUAUUUUAAGUGUUUUGGUGAACAUGCUAUGUUUUGUUUCAUUCAUUUUAAUCAACCCAGGCUCAUUGGAAAUAUGUGCUUGUGGUGAUGUUUCUGCAAUGCCAAUAUUAUGUACCUUAUUCCAUUUUUCGCGGCAGUUUGAAAGUGAAAUGUCCAGUGAGUGGAGCUAAAAUGCUUGCUCAAUAUGUGACCAAGACCACGUUUUUAUUACAUUGGUACAGUCACAUAUUGUACCAUUUUUAUAACGUUGCUUCAGGUAUAUAUUGCGGCAGGUACAUAUCAAAAUUCAAAUGUUCAAGUAGUGUAGCUUAAAGGUUAACGCUCUAUCAUGUUCCCAAACCAAACCUACCCAUGCUAACUGUGGUAUUUUAACUUAUUUCUAUGGUAGUUUGAGCUGUUAGUUUCACAGGAUUAACACCGGAGCGCUUCACCAAACAAGUGCAAUGCUGUAUCGGGUGCGCCACCGAGCAAACUUCUGUUAGAAAAUCAUACAUAUGAAGCUGUAUUUGUGAUGCUAACGUUCAAAAGUAUCAUUUUUUAAAAUCUCACAGCAUGUUAAAAUCGUUCUGAGGUCAUGACAUAAUAUUGUGUGAUAAAUUGUACAAUCGCAUUGUACAGUUGUCUGAGUUUUACUGCCUCUAGUGUUCAUUUCAACUGGAAACUGCAGCGAUUCGUACACAUAGGUAGGUUUUUUUUUUUUUUUUUUUUUUUUUUUUUGCAGAAAUGUAGAUAGAGGCAUGUAUUUUCAAUGUGCCUGGGUAGGUUUUAUUAGUGGCACAUUAGUGCCCCCUAGGUUUUAUCACAAAUUUAAUCUUAGCUGGGAAACCUUUGAAACCAAAUUUGUCCUUUGAUCCAUUGGCAUUUACCACACAUAAAUGAAUAAAUUACACCUUUGAUUUAAAAGAGUCACUCUAGGAGGAUAUCUCAGGUAAAGUAAUGCCUUACCUAUAGCUUUUACCUUUGAAAGAUUUCACUCCGUCCCCUUCUGCCUCCAGCUGGCCAUGUUUAACAGCAGGAUGAUGCUGAUGAGGAAACUGCACAUGGGCCGCUCGCCCGUCUAGCCUGCCUUCUCUCAUUUCUGCCUGUUGUCAACUGAAUGUACUUCAAGUUUUUACAACAUGCCACUGUUAAGCUGCCUCCUCCUACUGGUGCUAAGAGGGUAACUGUAUUCGCCCAGAAAUUAUGACAAGGAUUAUAAGAAUCAAAACCCUACUCCUCUCUUUAUGAAUGUACAAUAGAUGGUUCUGUUUGAUGUUUUCACAACACAAUUAUUUGUCAUUAAUUGGAAUUGCUUUUGCCUUUUUGUUGGAGAAAUUAUUGAGCUUUAUAAAUAUUGUCUAGAGUUGAUACCAGAGGGAUUCUUAAUUAACUCUCGACAUCACAGAAAUAUUGUAUAUUUUUCUCUGUGCCAAUUUGUAAGAUAUUUUGUAUGUGUAUAUUUUUCUUAGAAAGUGCUGUGAAGUAUUAGUGUGUGUGUGUGUGUGUGUGUGCGUGUGUGUGUGAGUAACCUUUUUUGUGCCUCUGUAGGCAGUGAAAAGGAUGUAUAAUGAUGAGCUUUUGGUUUUAAAAACCAAAAUAUUAAGAAACAAAAAAUUAAAACAAAAAAAGACUACAUUUUGUUGCAAGUUUUGUAAGAGGAAACUUAUCUUGUUGUGAGAGUGUUGUGUUAUCGUGGAAAACACUUAUAGGCUAAAAGGUACAGACAAAAAUUGUGAACUAUUUGCUGUUUUAUAGAUUUUCAUGUAAAUUAUUCUUGUACUAUUUUAUGUUGUAUCUGUUGCAAAGGUUUUAAAUAUUUGUGAACAAGCCUGUAUGGUGAAAUGUACUAUUGGUAACUUGCUGAGUUUUGUAAUAAUGUUUAUGGAGUACAUAUACAGUACAAAUUAAAAGAAGAUUUUGAAUGCUG